AUGAGGCCGUGGCUGACGAGACGUCUGCUUCCUGGACUUCCGGCUCAAAUCCGUGCUACAACCAAUAUCAGUAAUUGUACGCUCGCUGUAGUUCGAAACAUAGCAGAUAAUUUAGGAUUAUCCUAUUGCAACAAAAUUCUCACUUAUUCGCCCACAUACUCGCUUAUCCUCGUCAGUUCCACCUUUAUAACCAAAAAUUGA